CUUGCCAAUAUUAUUAUUUUCCCUCCCCUCUUAUAUCUAAGGUAUCCAGCGGCGGUAUCCUCUGCCCUGCAUUUCGGUUAUCAUAGUCCUCUUUUCACAACGACCCCCCAUUUGCUACAUUCAAGGCGCGUCUCUAUUUCACCCAUACCAAAACGAACGAGUAACACCAACGCUAAGGAUAACACUCAGUGUUCGGCCAUAUUGUCAACCCUGCAGCCAAAACACUUGAAAAAAACUGGCUCGUUUUUUGCGCCUUGUGUUCACAGUGUCGUACGCCCGCAAAAGAUCUAUAUGAGAUGAAAAUACCUAAGGCAACUCUGUGCACACUAACAGCCUCAAUCAGCUGCAUAGUGGGAGUAGCAGAGGCAGGUGCUUUCAAGGUCCCGAUUCACAGAAACGAGCGCCAUCGUCCGAACACCCGUGCGCACGCGUUCAAGACACUGAAAAAAUAUGGACAUCAUCACCGGCUCAGUCCCCGGGCAUUCGGUCGUCAGCCCGUAACGGAUGUGGAAAAUGAUGUCGAGUACUAUGGCAUCGUAGGCAUUGGGACACCACCGCAGAUGUUCAAAUUGGACAUGGAUACCGGCUCCUCCGAUCUCUGGGUCCCUUCAUUAAAAUGCGACCGUCACAACAUCAAAUGCGCGCGCCAUACGCGCUUUAACCCAUCGUUGUCGUCCACGAUCGUUGAGCUCCAGACACCCUGGAAGAUUGGUUAUGGCGACGGAUCUACUGUCAGCGGACACUUGGCUGUGGACCGGAUCGAGUUUGCGGAAAUCGCGAUCGAGAACCAGUUGUUUGGCAUGGCAGACCGGGAAUCCAGCAGCUUCCUCGACGACGUGGUCGAUGGUGUCUUUGGACUAGGUUUUCCCUCGCUGUCGGCGCUAAUCAUCGAAAAUCAAAAGGAAGCAGAGGCCAAGGCCAAGGGACCGAUCAGCAAUACUGUGUUGAGUAGUAUUCUAAAUCAUGAGCUGGUCCCCGCACCAGUCUUUGGGGUGUGGUUAGGAAACGGAGAUGGACCCACGACGGAUCCUAAUGGUGGAGACGGUGAGUUCAUAUUUGGAUCGAUCGAUACCAGUCGGUUUGAAGGUGAACUCACGUUUCUGCCGAUCACGAACCGCAAGUACUGGCAGAUCAAAGUGGACGGGGUCAAGCUGGACAGACAGAUGGAUAUGUCGAUCCACGGAGACACGAUCAUUGACACUGGCACGACGUUGCUGGUAUUCCCGAUUGCACAUGCGAAGAAGAUUAACAAGGCCAUUGGGGCUGUGUCGGACCCGUGGGAGGGAUGGGUUUUACCAUGCGACUCGAACAGGGUGGGGUCACUUGAUUUUGAGAUGGGCGGUAGCCGGUUUUCGGUCCAGAGAAAGGAUUUGGUACGGGAGCAGGUCAAGAACAAAGCGGGAUGGUGCUACAGCGCCGUUACGGCAACCCCUGGCGACGUGAUGAUCUUUGGAGACGUAUUUAUCCGUAACAACUACUGCGUCUUCGACGUUGAGCAUCUCUCGAUCGGCCUUGCGCCCAUUCGCAGACAAUAGUAUCAAUAUAAUUCUUCCUAUAGUACAUGCUUGCAUGCAGGCCGACCAAUCAACAUGACAUAGUGCAACACGGUUCCUCGCGUCAAAUAACGCCACCAAUUCAACUGAGCCGAGAAGGAAUUCCCAC